AACUCGCUCUCCGGCCACAUUAUCAAGUCAGCAUCUCCUGAGCUCAAAACGAGUCAACUCAAUAAUUGAACCCAACAAAUCAUCAAAUUAGACGGAGUCACGAGUCUCACAAAAGCCGGAUUCCGAACAAAAUUUUUGCCCACCAUCGAACCUCUCGUAAACUGGUUCACUCAUUUGCAUCCCUAAACCAAAAUUGUUGGAUUGCAAGUAGGAUUGCAAUUUGCAAGACCCUUGUAAUUUUCCGUGACAUUCUUGUUUUCUUCAUGUAGAUUUUAUGAUUGAGAGAUUGACCUGCUCAUAAAUACUACCUACUGGUCUAGUGAUGACUGAUGUGUGAAAGUGAAGUUUCAAAGUCCCGCCCUCGUCAGUAGAGGUGGCAAUUUCAAUCCAAUCCACCAAUCCAAUCCAUCAAUCCAUUAAAAAUAUCCAUCUAAUCCAAUCCAUUUAAAUCCAAUCCAUUUUAUCCAAAUCCAAUUGGAUUGGUGGAUUCAUGGAUUGGAUCCAUGGAUUAUUGGCAAAUUACGGUUUAGUACCUAUAAUUUUUAUUUUUUACAUUUUGGUACCUAAAAUUUAAUUUUUUAUACGAAAAAUAUCAUUGGAAAAUUACGUUUUGGUACCUAAAAUUUUUCAUUAUAACAUUUUAGUACUUAAACUUUUUACAUUUUACAUAUUUGUCCUUGAUUGAGGAUGUCAUUUGGAUUCAUGGAUAAUCCACCAAUCCACUUGAUCCAAUCCAUUUUAUCCAAUCCAUUUGAUCCAUGAAUCCACCAAUCCACCAAUCCAAUCCAUUUGCCACCUCUACCCGUCAGCCAAUCGUCACCAAAAUCGCCUGCUGGAAAAUCUCUCUCGUCACUUCUCCGCCCCUCUACUUCCAACUUCCUGUGGCUCCCUCCGCUUUCAAUCUUCAUCCACCGGCCGGAAAAUUAGGUGGAAAAAAAAUGUACAAGUCCUUCCUUCAGACCUUCUGCCAACGGAAAAAAUGGCCUCUCCCGGUCUAUUCCGCCACCAAAGGCGGCCCCGACCACCUCCCCCACUUCCUGGCCACCGUCACCGUCAACGGAACCUCUUUCGCAUCGGAAGUCGCCGCCAAGUCCGCCAAGGAGGCACACAAUGAGGCCGCCAGAGUCGCAUUCGUACAACUCGGCUCCACCGACGGUGUCUUGAAUUCAAGCCAUGGAGCUGUUUCUGAUGAGGGAUUGCAGACUAUCAAUGGAAACCCACAAGCAAGCGGAAGUGCCGAUAUCCCCAAAGAUAUGCAACAUUUGUGUAAAAAUCAGUUGCAGAUCUAUGCCCAGAAGAGAGGUCUUCCAUUGCCAUUGUAUUCUCAUGAACGGGAUGGUCCUCCUCAUGCUGUUAGAUUUAAGUCUACCGUUACAAUUGAGGGAAAAACCUACACGAGCGACGGAUUCUUCCUUACAUUGAAAGAUGCUGAAAAUUCAGCAGCAAAGGCUGCAUUAGCAUCAUUGUUGCCUAGCGGUAGUGGAGAGGAGGAAAUGGGUUACAAGAACCUGCUGCAGGAAUUUGCUCAGAAAAAGUGUUUUCUUCUCCCCAUUUACGUCACAACAAGAGCUGGUGAAGUUCACGCACCUACUUUCAUUUCGACAGUGGAGGUAAAUCAGCAGGUUUUUACUGGACAAGAAGCAAGAACCAAGAAGCUGGCAGAGAUGAGUGCAGCAAGGACGGCUUAUACUCACCUUAAAGAGGGCAAUUCGAAUCAAAGUGCCGCAGGCCCUGUUGCUGCUGGCCAAGAGCAAGAACUUUGCUUGCCAACUCCCAAAGUCGACUUCGGUUUACUGGCUCAUCUAAAUAAGAAUUUUCAGCCUAAACUUCACCUUGUUGCUGCUAGCAAAGAACAAAAGCUUGUUUCGUCAUCUCAGGUUGAGUUGGGUCACCUCGUUCAUCCUAAUUGGAAUAUCGGGCCUGAACUUCUUGUUCCAAGCGAAAAUGUGGGCCAUACAGGUGUUGCUGAACCUUCCACCAUCGAUCCUGGUUCUUUUAGCAACAAAACAAUCAGUAAAAUUCCAUCUCCAUCACCGGGCAGCCCAUCCUUAUCCAAUCUCCAGGAGGAAACUGCAGAUAGUGGUACUGUAAUGGCAGGUACUAAUCCCUUGGUUAUACACCCCAGUCCGGACAGCACCGAAGUGGUUAAAAAUCUUCCUGCUUCACAUCCAGCUGCCUCUCCAUCUUUCAUUCCUUCAGUUACCGAUGCUGGUAGUGUUGUGGAUUCUGACUCAAGCAUCCAACAUCAGAAGUGUCUAACCCCUGGACUCCCUGCAUCAAUAUCUCACAUGCCAUCAGCUACGCUUGCAGAUGACAGAUCAUAUUCAGGUAUCAGUGGUCUUAUCAAGUCUAGCAUCGGACUCCCAAACAGGAUUGUCGUUCAUCCACGCAACAUUAGUCUCACUUACCCUCCAGGCAGCACCGUGUUACCGGUCAGUGAUAGCAAUUGGGUUGCUGUGAGCAGCUCUUCUCAAUCCACCUUGUGAGAACGCAUGGAUCCUUGUGACGAAUGGCUUGGUUUGGCUUAGUGUUCUGAGGCUAUCUUGUGUAGAACUUGUAAGCUUGUAGUAAUUUGUCACCCUUAAUGUGGUCAACCGUAAAUGUUGUUCUUUUAUAAACCAGUAUAACAGCAGGUGGUAUACUUGCCCAAUGUUCAUGCUAAUAUUUUAGGAAUGUGGUGGAGAAUAGGAUUGAGAUUUGUAAUGCUGUUGUAAUAGAAGUGAUGACUGCAAUUCGCCAUUUGCACAUCAUUGAUUCGGGAAUAAAACUAUAGAACUUGG